AUGACAGUAACGCCCAUACCUUCACUUCCUCCACUUCCAUUAUUCCUUGCGGCUAAGAGACAGGUGGAGAAUGACUGCAAAAAAGUCGCAAUAAUCGAUACAUCCAGGGAUGAAAGCUUCACGUAUACCCAACUGCUUUGUGAUGUAGCUUGCUUAAAAGCAAAGUUCCUAGAGGAGUCGGCAUUGGAAGAUCUGAAAGAAGAACGGGUAGCGUUUCUCGCUCCGUCAGGGUACGAUCAUGUUGUCUGCCAAUGGGCGAUAUGGGCUGCUGGUGGAAUUUGCGUGCCCCUUUGCACAACGCAUCCUUUGAAAGAGCUUGUAUAUACACUUUCUGAUUCGGAUCCGUUAUUGAUUAUUCUUCACCCUUCCUUCAGCUAUUUAGAAGGAGAAUUGAACGAAUGCUGCCCAAAUACCACCUUUGUGCAUUUGAGUCCAAUCGCAACAUCCAAAGAAGAGUCACUAACACUACCCCUGUUCAACUCACAUUUUGAUAUGUCGAGACGAGCGCUGAUGAUUUACACUUCUGGUACCACUGCAAGCCCAAAAGGGUGUAUUUCGACUCACAAUAACAUCGAUUUCCAGUCGAAGUGUUUAGUCGAUGCUUGGAAAUACUCACCUUCAGAUCACCUUGUACAUGUUCUUCCACUACACCAUAUCCACGGAAUUAUCAAUGGUCUCACAGCCACUUUGAUGAGCGGCGCAACCGUAGAAAUUUACCCUAAAUUUGACCCUGGAGCAGUCUGGAAGAAAUGGUCCGAAAUCGGCGGAUCGACGAUGUUUAUGGCUGUCCCGACGGUGUACGCAAGGCUGGUAGACCAUUUCGAUAUGCACAUCAAAUCAACGGAUCGAGAGUACGCUGCUAGAACUGGUGUGGCAUCGUUGCGCUUGUUGGUUAGUGGCUCCGCGGCGUUACCAGCCCCAAUCAAGCAAAGAUUCUAUGAAAUAAGUAACCAGAUCUUGUUAGAACGAUAUGGAAUGACAGAGAUCGGAAUGGGAUUGAGCUGUGGGCUGGAGCCCGAUAAGAGAAUUGAUGGUAGCGUCGGUUGGCCGUUACCGGGAGUUCAAGUCCGGUUAACCGAUCCGGAUACUGGGAGCAUGAUUUCUCCAGGAUCAGAGAAAGAUGGAAUGAUAGAAAUCACGGGUCCUAACGUUUUUUUAGAGUAUUGGAGGCGGCCUGAAGCAACACAAAAAGAGUUCACACCGGACGGCUGGUUCAAAACCGGUGAUGUCGCGAGAGUAGAAAAGAAUGGGGCAUACUUUAUUCAGGGCCGCGCAUCUGUGGAUGUCAUCAAAUCAGGGGGCUAUAAGAUUUCUGCCCUGGAGGUAGAAAGGAAAAUGCUAGCCCUGGACUGCAUCCAGGAGGUUGCGGUUGUCGGGCUGCCAGAUCAAGAGUGGGGGCAGCGAGUUGCGGCAAUAGUCAAGCAAAAUGGGACUCAGCCUUUGGAGUUGAAAUCACUCCGUACCAAACUAAAAGCAGAAAUGGCGCAUUAUAAGGUGCCCACCGUCUUGAGAGUCGUGGAUAAUAUAGAGAGGAAUGCAAUGGGGAAGGUCAACAAGAAAGAUCUGGCCAGAAAAUACUGGCCCACAAUCGAUACCUAA